AGAUUUCACCUACGAAUCAUCUCCAACCGUUGGCCACAAUGUCGUCUGCCAGCACUGACGUGGGUCCCUUCACCGGCCGGCCAAUGUCCGAGCUCCUUCCCCUCAUGUCCAACAUCGCGGGCGAGAGAGUGGACGGCAUCUUCUACCAGUACUUUGGCUUCAACGAGCCCAUCGAGCCUCACUUCCAGCACACCAUCCGGAACCUGGAGAUCCGGGAUGAUGACAUCAUCACACUCGGCUUCCCCAGGUCCGGCAACCACUUCGCCUUUGAGGUGGUCAACAUGGUGCAGAAGCAGUCCACGGAGUACGUGAAGAGUCACAUGAUCGACAACGUUCUGGAGCUGAGGAAAGUGGACACAUAUGAGAGCUACAGGCAGGAGCCGUCGCCCAGGAACCUGACGAUCAACUUCCAGGUGCGGAAAAUCCCGCAGCAGGCGGUUGAGAAGCGAACCAAGAUCGUCUACCUCUUACGCAACCCGAAAGACGCGCUGACCUCGUUUUACAAACACUGGAUCAAACUGCAGGCGGACGACAUGGGCUUCAGGGGGACGUGGGAAGAAUUUCUGGACCUCUCCGUCUCCGGCCAGUUCACCUAUGGAAGCUGGUUCGAUCACGUGCUCUGUAUGGAGCGGUACAUGGCUGACCACCCAGACACUCCCGUACACGUACACUUGUUCGAGGAGAUGGUGUCCGAACCCCUGCCAACUGUCAAAAAACUCUGCAAAUUCCUGGGCACGUCGGAGGAACUGGCCCCGAAAAUUGCUGAGGUAACAGAUUUCGGUUACAUGAAAAAGAACUCAAGCAAAGAUGGUGAGAUCGGCGAUCGUUUUCUCCAACAAGGGGCCGCCUUCAUGAGAAAAGGAACCAAACUGGACUGGAAGAACAACUUCACGGUGGCCCAGAAUGAGACGUUCAACAAGAUCUUUGAGGAGAAAAUGGCGGGCUCCAAGCUAGCCGAUCUUGUGCGUCCAUAUUUGUAAGCUUACGAUUAUCUUGAAUUUCCAUGUGCAUAUUUCACUUCAUUCAACAUAGAGAUUUCAGUAGUAUAUUCAUAUUAUUUCGCAUCUCUGUCCUGUCAUUGACUUUUCUGUCUCUAAAUUCUAAAUAAACCUUACGUGUUUCUUUGUAUUCGAUAUAAAUAAUAAUAUUAUAUUUUUCGUCAUUAAUUUCUAAAGUAUUAAACAAUAUUGUUGAUAAUGA